AUGAUACUGACCCGCCAUUCGCAACAACAGCUCAUGAAGUACAUGAGCCUUGACCAGAAGGGCAAGGUCAUGGCUGAGUAUGUCUGGAUCGACUCCGUCGGUGGUGUCCGUUCCAAGACCAAGACCCUCCCCAAGCCUGUCAAGUCCGUCGAUGAACUCCCCGAGUGGAACUUUGACGGCUCCUCCACCGGCCAGGCCCCCGGUGACAACUCCGAUGUCUACAUCCGCCCUGUUGCCAUGUUCCCUGACCCCUUCCGCAAGGGUGACAACAUCCUCGUCCUCUGCGAGACCUGGGACUCUGAUGGCACUCCUAACAAGUUCAACUACCGCCACGAGGCCGCCAAGCUGAUGGAGGCCCACGCCGACAAGCACUUCUGGUUCGGUCUGGAGCAGGAAUACACCCUCCUUGGCCCCGACGGCUGGCCCUACGGCUGGCCCAAGGGCGGUUACCCCGGUCCUCAGGGUCCUUACUACUGCGGUGUCGGCACUGGCAAGGUCUACUGCCGUGACAUCGUCGAGGCUCACUACAAGGCCUGCCUGUACGCUGGUAUCAAGGUCUCCGGUAUCAACGCGGAGGUGAUGCCGUCCCAGUGGGAGUACCAGGUCGGCCCGUGCGAGGGUAUUGAGAUGGGCGACCAGCUCUGGAUGUCUCGUUACAUUCUCCACCGUGUUGCUGAGGAGUUCGGUGUGAAGAUCUCGUUCGCUCCCAAGCCGAUCCCUGGCGACUGGAACGGUGCUGGUCUGCACACCAACGUCUCGACGCAGGAGAUGCGCGAGGAGGGUGGUCUCAAGGCCAUCGAGGCUGCUAUGAAGAAGCUGGAGGCCCGUCACCACGAGCACAUUGCUGUGUACGGUGAGGGCAACGAGGAGCGUCUUACUGGCCGCCACGAGACCGGCUCCAUUGAGAAGUUCACGUACGGUGUUGCGGACCGUGGUGGCAGCGUUCGUAUUCCUCGCCAGGUGGCCAAGGAUGGCAAGGGCUACUUUGAGGACCGACGACCGGCCAGCAAUGCUGACCCGUACCAGGUCACUGGUAUCAUUGUUGAGACUCUCUGCGGUGGUGCCUAA